ACAUUUUUCCUUAAGGAAACCUCAGAGUGCCUCUGAUUGCUGACAGUUUGAAGUGUUCUCACUCUUUAGCCCCAAAAUGGAUUACGAGCCAAGUGACUAAAUGAGAAUGCAGGACAACUGGGAUUCGCAGAGGAACUCAGGAAAAGAGAUCAACGAUAAAUACACAUCUCAAGAUGAGAGAGAAGCAGUGCAGAAGAGAACCUUCACCAGAUGGAUGGAUGUGUUUCUGCAGAGGCGGGAUCCUCCUAUUGAAGUGCACGACCUGUUCACAGACAUUCAGGAUGGCAGAAUACUCAUGGCCCUGUUGGAGGAGCUGUCUGGGUGCAGAUUACUUUACAGGUUUAGGUCAUCCUCUCAUCGCAUUUUUAGACUGAACAACAUUUCCAAAGCCUUGGCGUUUCUGGAUGACAGACAUGUAAAGCUGCUUGGCAUAGAUGCCUCUGGAAUUGCUGAUGGCAAUCCUUCUGUUGUUCUUAACCUUGUUUGGAACAUCAUCUUGCAUUUCCAGGUAAAGGAAGUGAUGGGAGGCCUUCAGAGGCAGUUGUCUUCCAGCCUUUCCUCUUUAUCAAUGAGCAGUUACCCAUCAUCAAGUGACCUCUCACCCCAGCCAAGUGACACUAGCACUUACUCCUGCAGCACUCUGCCAAGCAAAGGCAGAAAGGCUGCCAGGAAACCAAAGCACCAUGGGAAAGCAAUCAAGGUGCUUCUGCAGUGGGUCCAAAGAUGCACAUUGCAGUACGGAGUGGAAGUGCAUGACUUUGGGAAGAGCUGGAGGAGUGGGCUGGCAUUUCUUGCUUUGGUUAAGUCCAUAAACCCAGUCAUGGUUGAUCUGAGGGAAAGCUUUUUCCGAGAUCCAAAGGAAAACAUCCAGCAGGCUUUCAUGAUAGCCCAUCACAGCUUGGAUAUACCACCACUGCUGGAGCCUGAAGAUGUGAUAUGCACUUCACCAGAUGAACAGUCCAUCAUUACCUACGUGUCUAUGUUCCCGAAGUGUCAUUCAGGCAUAGAUGAGGAUUGCACUACUGAUAUUGAGAGCCCCAGUUUUGGAUCACUCGAGUCAGUCAGCUUUGGAGAGACUCACGCUGAUGAUCCAGAAGCCCAAACACUGCUGAAAUGCUUGGAGAAGAGCAGCGAGCAGCUUCUAUGGAAGCGUUGGUCCCGGAGAUCUUUAGGGAGUCCUCGUUACACCACCUUUCACACAAAUGGAGCACUUUCUUCUGACCUCUCCUCCAGCAGCAGUCACCAAAGCAUCAAUGAGCAACCCGCUGGGACUGCUCCAGACUCACCUUUCAACAAAAGGAAAGACAGUGGAAAAAGCACUUUCCAGCCACCCAGUCCACUGGACGCCGGCAUAUUCAGCCAGGCGGUCAGAUCGUGGUUGGAAAAUGGACCGGAUCACGGCUACGGCAUGCUAAGAGCAGAUGAAAGUUGCUGUUCCUUGAGUUCUGAGGAAGGAAUCUACAGCUUGUCAGCACUGGAUUCAGAUGAGGAGGAUGCAUACAGUUACAUCCUGGAUCUGAAUAAAGAGGUUUCCCAGCCAUGUAAUCAGCCGAAGAAACAAGUGCCGAAGGUGGACGAGGAAACCACACAGGAAAUGAGUGAAGAGUCCAAACAUCAAGAAGGCUUCCUUUCACAAAAUGCAGAUUUUGAUCUAGAAUCAGAUGCUGGAGUUCAGUCAGCGGCUCACAGGAAGUUUGAUUUGGACAAAAAUGAAAGUAGUCUCCAAAAAAUGACAGACAACAGAGAAGAGCACGAAGAGGAGCGGGCUAAUACAGGACAGAGUAAUGAUGAUGGUGAUUAUUGUGAGGAAGAGAGGGAGGAGGAGAUGGAAAAUGCUAGAUUGGUGAAGGAUGAGCUCGAGCAAACAGAAGAUAAUGCAGUGAAAGCAAUUAUUGAAGUGGCUAGUUGGCAGGAAGACACAGAGGAAGAGGGAGAGAGAGAGCUUUCCAAAAUAUGUGGACAAGUGAGCGAGUGGAAAGUAGUGCAGGAAAAAGAUGAGGCAGAAAAUUUAACAAGACCUGAGGAAGGGCAUGAUUUAGGGAAUGAAAGAGAAGGAGACGACAUGAUAAAAGAAGACAAGAGCAUUCAGAAAAGUGUAAAUUUAGAAAGUUUAAAGGAUGGAGUGAAUGGAAAAAUAUUAAUUGAAGAGGCUGCUUAUGGAGUCAGAAGGAACGGUACGGCUAGAAGUAACACAGAAGAAGAAAGUGGCAGGAACGGUAAAGAAGAAGAAAAGAUGGAAGGCACUGAUGAGCCGAUAAAUUCAGCAGCGUCUGGGCCCGUUGAAACAGCAGAUGGGGAGGAGGGACCGGAGAUCACGAGACACAAAGAUCUGGCAUCUACAACAACAACAACAACAGAACAUGAUGGUAAAACUACUCCCAAAAAAGACGCACAGGGAGCCGUUGGCGUCCACGAUGAUAAUAAGAACUGGCCUCCUGCCUGCACUGCAACCCCUCAGUCACCCAGCAGCGAGGAAGGAUCGAUUCUUCAACCUUUAGCAGCCUAUUGUGGUAUAACUCCAUCAGAGCUGGGAAUGCUCUUGGUCCUGUGGAUCCUGCUGUACUCCUGCCUCAUUGUCAGAAGUCAGAUGAACCUCUGAGUCUCACUGCAGUACACCCUUCUUAUUAUGAUGUGCUCAUGAGCUCACUUGCCACUAAUGAGUCAAACAGGGACAAGCCGACUCUUUAUCUGUGUCGUAGUUCCCUCAAGCAACGUUUAAGCAGAUUUUUAAUCUGUUAAAACUUGGGCCAUAGUUUCAGAUAAACAUAAAUCCUGUAAUCCCCAUUAUUACACAGAUUUUAAGCUGCUUGGUCUUGCACUACACACAUUAUCAGACAUGGUUUGGGGGCUGUUUUUGCUGAAUACAUGUCCAAAAUCCUCUGUUUAUUUAAUUGAUUUUCCUUGCAAAAUUACUCCUUUUGAAUUUCACUUGGCAUAGUCGACCACAUGGUGGCAUCGCAGCAUCGCAGCAACUGUCUUAUUUGACAAACUGCCUAUACAGCAUUCUUUAGCCUGCUGAAGAUCCCAUGUGACCUGCUGUUUAAUUAGAAGCUGUAUUGACAUGCCAAGAUUAAGCUGAUAAUACUUAAUGAGCACUUUGGCAUUUCACACUCUCUCACUGUGUCACUUAUGGCUUAGGAUGUGGACUGCUUUAUUGUUUUCAUCUCAGAUGCUGUAUGAUAGUUAAAGUUUAUUAAUGCCACAAGCUUUCUUUGUGAUUUUUUUUUUUUUUGUGACCAUGUGUGAUAUAAACAAUAUCUGUGAUCUGUGUACAUGUGUUUCAGUCCAUAA